ACCCUAACAUCAAGCCAGUUGCGCAACCAGAAAGGCGUAUACCAUUUCACAUCCGGGAGAAAGUAACUCACGAACUGGACAAGUUAACAAAGCAAGGUAUCAUUGAGCCCUGCUCUGGCCCAACUCCUUGGGCCUCGCCCCUAUUUGUAGUACCAAAACCGAAGAACCCAGAAGAAACAAGAAUAUGUGUUGACAUGCGUAUGCCCAAUACAGCGAUAAUCCGUGAGCGCCAUCCCAUGCCUACUGCUGACGAACUUAUCCACAAGCUAAAUGGCGCAAAAGUCUUCUCAAAACUCGAUCUUUGCCACAGAUAUCACCAAAUUCUCUUAGCUCCUGAGUCUCGUUACAUUACGACCUUUCGUACCCAUAAAGGACUGCACCGCUAUGUACGACUUAACUAUGGCACAUCAGCAGCCUCAGAAGUUUUCCAGUAUGCUAUAAGCCAAGCCAUUGCUGGCAUUGACGGAGUUGUCAACAUCAGUGAAGAUGUACUCAUAUUCGGUAAAACACAGCUUGAUCAUGACACAGCCCUUAAAACUGUAUUUGAACGAUUGCGACAAGUCUGCCUCACCCUCAACAAAUCGAAAUGUGCUUAUAACAAGGGUACAUUGGAGUUCUUUGGUAUGAUUUUCUCUGCAGAUGGCGUCAGCCCGGACCCAAAGAAAAUAGAAGCUAUCGUCAAUGCUCCCCAUCCAACCAAUGUGAGUGGAGUCCGCAGCCUGCUGGGUAUGACAAAUUACUGUUCAAAGUUUAUUGCAAACUAUGCAAGCAUUACAACGCCCCUUCAACAACUCACAAAGAAAAAUGCGAAGUUCCAGUGGCUACCAGUCCAUGAAAAUGCCUGGAAAACACUAACAAAAGCUCUGACUUCAGCUCCAGUGUUAUGGCAUACUUUGAUACUACCAAAUGCACAGAACUCAUAGUCGAUGCCUGUCCAACUGGUUUGGGUGCUAUAUUACAGCAGCAUACCCCAGGAAACGAAGACUACAAAGUGAUUGCCUAUGCAAGUCGAGCACUCAGUCCCGUCGAACAAAGAUACAGUCAAACCGAACAUGAAGCCCUCGCCAUUGUUUGGACAAUGGAAAGAUUUCAUAUUUAUAGAUAUGGAACAGAAUUUGUCCUGUAUACAGAUCAUAAACCAUUAGAGUUGAUCUGCAAUAACCCUAAGUCCAAACCUCCUGCACGGAUCGAGCGAUGA